ACACAGGAAGAAAUUGACAAGUUAAAUAAGGAUUCAGAGUCACAAAGAGUUGUAAAAAGGCGGCGAAGGUAUACUGGCAUUGAGUGCAUCGUAACAAAAGCACCUGCAAGGAAGGGAGGAAGGCCCCCACUUUAUAAAAAAGGCUCUGGGACAAAAUUACAUCCAUGCAAGCACUGCCACCGUGUAUUCAGUCACUCUAGUAGUCUUUCUCGGCACAAUAGAUCCCACAAGGGGACUCUUCACACUUGUGUUCUCUGUGGGAAACAUUUUCCACAACGCUGUGAUGUCCGGAGGCAUAUAGCCAUGUAUCACAAACCUGAAUUAGAGAAGAAGCCAAGUCUUAAGUACUUGGCAUUGCAUUCUAAACCAGAUGGUGGUUCCCAAUUGAAUUCUGAUGUGUUGGAACAGAAUGCGUCAUCUGAAGGAAAACCCAAGAAGUCUUUAGACAGUGUUGUAGCAGAAUUGGACAGUGACGAUCAACAAACCACAUCUACUGGAGAAGUGUCCGCUGCUCCUAAGGCACGGAGGAACUACAAGUGUGACCAAUGUGGGAAAAAGUUUGGGCUGCUGUGUGUGUACCAACGGCAUUUGCGGUACCACAAAAGGGAACCGGGUAGUGAAAUGGUUAAGUGCCCUCGCUGCCCAAGUCGCUUCCGGAGUUCGUCUGCUCUAGGGCGCCAUCUUGAGAUUCACCCAAGUCAGUCAAGCGGGGAAACAGACAUGGAAGGACGGGCAUCUCCCACUGCUGACUCCAAUCCAGACCUGGACUCUGACCAAGACAAUGCAAAGGAUUUAGUGGGUCAUGGGGACAUUGAUGAUGUCAAGGGUGGGAAUGGUGAAAAAAUUGGUCCAGCAGAGGUGCUGUAUGAAUGCACUGAGUGUACAGAGACUUUUUCCUCCUUGCAGAAGUUUCUGAAGCACCAGAGUUCUCAUGGGUCCGAUAACCUUGGAUAAUGGAAACUAUAUGCAUGGUAUUUAUAUCCUGGGGUUCGAACCCUAACUUGAGAUCGAUGCACAUACCACAAAUUGUUGCACUGUUAUGCAGACCUCAAUUCAUGAUUUACGGAAGUCCGAGUUACGUGCACAUGUCUCAAGUUAGGAUUCUUUCUUUUAUGAUGGAGCAGUUAACAAGUGUUUUUUUUAAUUUUUUACUAUGAAUUGAGGAACUACAACCAGUAUGGUUCUUGUCGUGGGUGGGCCAUUCAUUCUUAACCGGAGUAGGAUGACUGAUGUAGCACUGCAUAGAUCGAGAUGGUGACUGGGAAUUACUGAGAUUUUUUAAUGUAUUUUCUACGAUCAUGUGAAUUUGAGGUCCGUUUUGUAUCAAUGUUAUAGAUUGUUUUGGUUACUUCUAGUUAAACCUUUGACAUUACCCCUAGAAAGGCCAUGGUGUGGGAAUAAUGCCUUUAAUAUCCUCUGAGAGCAUUAUUGAAGCUAGUAGUCGAGCACAAUUUGCUAAAGACCAAGUGGCAAUAACGUUUUUGCAGAUAGAUUUGGACCCAUGCAAAGCGUUAAGAUGGUCUGAGGUAACAAUGACUGUCCAUUUUGUAAAGUAAUUAGAAAAGUUUUUUUGCAAGUGCAGUUUCAUUGGGAUUUUGCUUUAAAACAAUUUAAGAUAUUAUUUAUUUGCAAUUGCCAAGUCUUUACAACCAUGGUGUCUUUCUCAAGAUCAAAAAAACCUGUCAAGGUGAGAUGUUCCCAAACUACCAGACCAGGAAUGUUUGUAUAAUUUUGAAAGGCUUUCUCAUGUAUCAUCUUUUCACUAUAUUGUGGUCUUGUCUCUCAAUUCACUUAAUGGUUCUGUUAUCUAGAUCAGUGGUUCCCAACGAGGGGUACUUAGCCUAUCCACAGGGGCAACUUGAGAAGACUCAUGAGACCAUAGGUCUACUGGUAAAAUGCACAUGAGGGGGUACUUCAGGGGUUGUCUGGGCAGAGAAAAAUUCAGUUGGUGGUACAGUAACCGAAAAAGAUUGGGAACCACUGCUCUAGAUGAUUUCUGCUGCCAGUCCUCCGGGUGGCCACUGAUCUGUUAACAUGAUCAGCAUGUUUUUCCAUAAGGCACGACAAAGUCCAGUGAUUCCAAUGCAAGCCACACGUAUCAUUGUGAUGUAAAUUAGCCUUUUCAAAUGGUACUGUUGCUUCCUUUAUUGCCUACCAAACGAGAACACAUGCAUUGGCCCUGAUUUUUAUGUUAAUUUUGUGCCAUUAAAGUUGAAAGAAAUUUA